GAGACAAGAAGGCGUUUUAGUCUCCGAACAGUGUGUUGAUGGCCGCGAUUCGCCGACAAUGCAGCCUCUCCUCGGCGACACGAUCGGCGAGCUGCGCAACAGCUUUUCCUCCUUCGCAGCACAGCUCGACUCUACUGCCGCCGCCCUCCAAGCUUUGUCGGUGGCGCUGAUUCUAGCGGAGGAGAAGCUGGAGGAAGGGCUUCAGGAAGUCGAGCGGAAGGAGAAGGAUGUGGAGAAGGAGGUCGAGACGGUGAAUCGGAAGUCGGCGGAAAUCGACGCGAGGCAGGCGUCUUUCGAGCUCCUGAUGAAGGAGAUUUCCGAUCAGAAAAAACACGCGGAGAAGGCGGCGGUCGGGAGUUGCUACAAUGAAGCAGAGUCGGAUGAGAAACGGAGGAGACUCGAGGCGAAAGAGAAGGAAAUCGAGGAAUGCUCCCACCGGUUCCGGCUAAGGGAGAAGAGAUUCGAGGAGCAAUUGGCGGAGUUCCAGGUUCAUUUCAAUGAACUGAAUUCUAGACAGAGGCAUGUCGCUGAGCAAGAGAGACAAUGUAGAGAAAUUCAAUCGAACAAUAAGCAUUGGUCUGAUGAGUUGGGAGUCAGGGAGAAGGAAUUGCAAGGAAGAAUGAUUGAAUUCAGUAGGAAAAUGGUAAAACCUGAUCUUCGUUUGGCUGAAUUGAGCAAGAAAGAAAGGGAAUUAGAUGAGAAGGAGAAGCAACGUAAAGAAAUUGAACUGAAAGUUCAACAAUCUAUGAAUGCGCUAAAGUUGACGGAGAAGGAUCUUUUGGAAAAAGGGGAGAUUCUAGACAAACGGGCUAUAGAAGUGGAAUUGAAGGAGAGGAAUCUUGAAGAGAGGCUUAGGGGAUUCGGUCCAGAAGGUGUGAUCUCGGCAGAAGGGGUGGUGGAAGAUUCUGAUUCUAAAGAGAAGCGAGUUAAGACAAUGUUUAGAGAAUCUGAAGUGAAAGUAGAUAAAAACUUUGUCAAGUCACAAUUCUCUUCACGUCAGUGGAGUGGAGCUAAACCUUUGUGGUCAGAUGCAUAUGGAGAUGGUAAUACUGAAUCUGCUGAUCCUGCUCCUGUGACCUCUGCUAAUUUACCUGCAGAGCAGCCAGAAAUGUCAAAUGUGCCAGCUCAGCAGCCGGAGAGGGUAAACGUACCAGCUCAGCAGCCGGAGGGGGUUAACGUACCAGCUCAGCAGCGAGAGAAGGUAAACGUACCAACUCAGCAGCUAGAGACGGUAACCGUACCUGCUCAGCAGCCAGAGAGGGUAAAUGUACUAGCUCUGCAGCUAGAGAAGGUAAAUGAGCCAGCUCAGCAGCUAGUGAAGGUAAAUGUACCAACUCAGCAGCCAGAGAGGGUAAACGUACCAGCGCAGCAGCUAGAGAAGGUAAAUGUACCAGCUCAGAAGCCAGAAAGCUCGAGUAUUCCUGGCCAGCAGCUUGAAAGGUUGAAUAUUCCUGAUUCCCAACCAGGAAGAUUGAAUGUACCUGCUCAGCAUCUAGAAACGCUAUCUAGUGGUCAAGGCUGCAGCAAUCCUUUCCCCAUAAUUUCCAACCUCUUUGGAUCUGGAGGUGAAACUGAUCCUUCGCUCUCAAAAACGCAGCUUGUGCCCAAAUGUAUCGCGGGACGCACACCUCUCAAACUACUGUGCAGGAAAAUUGAGUCAAAUACAUUAUAUUGCCUUGAAAUCUCUGAUGCUCUUGAACUUGCAUCUGAUACUGGAGAGUUCGUUUUAGGUGUGGUAAAGGAUCCAUCCUCCCUCACCUUGCAUAGGGGAAAUGAAGCAGUCAGCUUAGCUUUUCCACAAUAUGGUCCGUUAUUAUUGUUGGACCGUAUGUGGCGAAUGUCGCCCCAUGUCAAGCCAGAUGUGGAGAUAGAAGCCCUUAGCUUUGCAAGGAAGUGGAGAUUGAAACUUCCUGAGCAGAUGUACAAUAAUUUAGAACCUGUUUGUUUCUUGCUGUUUUUAGCUGCCUACAAGUUGGUCUCUCAUUUUAACCAAGACGAGCUCUUUAGUGUUUUUGGUAAAGAUCAUUGGUGCCGAUAUGCGACCAAGCUAUUUGGGAUUCUUGGCUUCAAGGAUUUAAGACCAAAGUUUCUCAAAUACCUUUUGAGAAAUAAACUGCCGAUGGAGACCCUUGAAUCUGUGAAUGUAUCGAGUUUGCUUGAGAAGUCCCCUUCAGCAAAGACUCUGCUUAACGAAUAUUUGCUCCUAUGUGCAAAGAAACUGCGUGGAACUGAAGGCAUUGGCCAACAGAUUGAAGCUAUUGAAAGGGAGCUAACCGUAUGGAAAUCUGUAGUCGAGUCCAUCGCAGACCAAAACUUGUCUGAGAACUUCCAAGCCCACAUUUUGUCCCUGGAGAAGCAGAAGCAAUGGAAACUUCAAGUGCAGGAAGCCUUAGCUGGACCUCCUUCCACUCUCAAAUUAUCUGAGAUCCAACAACCUGGUCUGUGGCAACAGCAAGAUACUCCCGCAUCUUCCAAAGCUGAAAAACAGCAUGACACUCCUGCAUCCUCCAAAGCUGAUGCCAGCCCAAUCACAAUCUCUGCUGCUUCUUCUCCACCUCAACCCCUGGACAAGAGUAGGGCUCGUAAAAAGCGCUGUAUAGUGGUAGAAUCAUUGGAUGCAUCUCAAAGACCGCCGUCAUUGGGGUCCAACAACCAGAUGGUCCAGCCGCCUCAACAACCUCUGCAGUUUACAGGAGGAACGGGAGGUUCAUUUAGACUUGCUAAGUUUCCUUGCCCAGACUCACCUUUUCGGUUCCCUGCUCCCACAUUUCCAUGGUCCCAUCAGACCCUGUUCGGGUAUCCUGGACAUACAAGGUAAGUGCUCUAUUUACUGCAUUCCCUUUCGUUUAUUAUCCUGUCCUACCCCCAGUUCUCAGGGCUGUAGAUAUGUAGUUGGUAGAGCUGCAACCAACACGGUACUUUGGUUGAAGGUGUUGCACAUAAGCUCUUCAUUUUGAUUGCCAAAACUGUGGCCCUGUUGCAUAUGUAAUCAAAUGGAAGCUUGGGUCAUUUUCUCCUUUGCAGGGCAAGCUGGCAGUGUGAAUUCACACAAAUCUAAUAAGAUAAACUGAAUGAACUAAUUUUGCCAAGAUUAUGAUGUAAUUUUUUAUGCAAGCUUCUUGCAAACUCCCCAUGGUGCUGCUCCGCCAAGAGUUCCAGAGGAUGCGUCUAGGGCUCCGGAGACAGUAGGUGUCAGUGCUGGGUUACCUUCUGCUGAGGAGGUUAGUGAAUCCAUAGCACAGACUAAGUUCGAGUCAGCUUCAGCAUCGUCUGCUCCGCGUGGCCCCCUACCGUCGGAGGUGGGCUCUGUUACUAGAGGUCCGGUGGAAAAUUUGCGCCUCCCAUUCUCAUUCGGGGCGGAGCAUCGGAGCCUAACUAGUAAUGUGGUGGGUGAUCCCCGUCAAGCACUCUCUCCUGGCGUGGAGUAUGAGAACCCCCCGGUCUUCCCUUCCUUUGCUGACGCCACAGCGGCGUCUUCUGGUGCUCUAUGCUUGGCUACUCAAUUGGGAGGGGCGACUGUAUCCAAAUGUGUCAGAGAUUCCUCGGCAUCAAGUUUGGGUGUUGCUGAAAAGGUGAAGGAAACUGGCCUCAACCAGUGCCAGCCCAAAGAAUGAAGGUUUUGUUUUGGAACUGUCGGAGAAUCGGUAUCAGGUUUGCUUUCCGAUCUCUUUCAUGUAUGGUUCCAUUUGUGAAAUUAAGGGGCUAUGGUCUUUUAAUGGGGUAGAAUUAGAUGUUUCUAAACACUCUGGUUGUAUAUAUGUGUUUAUUUCCAAAUGUUAUU